GACGUCGUCGCCAGUCGCGCGUCAGAAAUGUGCGGUGUCGGACCUCUUACUACUCUUUUAUUUUAAUUUCUAAAAACGUUCCCAUAUGGACUUUGCGUUAGAGGUCGGCUGCUUUAGUGUUACGUUUUAAUUUUUACCAUGUUGAAGAACAACGGGAAGAAGACGGCCGUCUGCGUUAGCACCGCGGCGGUUCUCUGCCUGCUGAUGCUGUUGGUCGCCGUGCGGCAUCACGGAGCCCAAGUGGUCGCGGAGCGCACCGGCCAGGGGGACACUCUGUCGCUACCCGGGAUUGAAGGAAGGGACGCGUCGGCGGUGGCGGAAGGCGGCGGCCAGAAGGGAUUCUCGGUAUAUUUCGGCAAGUUGAGCCGCGGUCGCAGGGAGGUGCAGAAGCCCGCUGCAGGCUCCUCAGCCUCCGCCGGCGACGCGACAUCCCCGCCUGCCGAGGACAUCAGACCCGAUGACCUGUUCAUCGCGGUGAAGACCACCAAAAAGUUCCACCAGUCCAGACUCAACCUGCUUCUGGACACUUGGAUUUCUAGGAAUAUGCAACAGACAUACAUCUUUACAGACGGUGAGGACGAAGACCUCAAAAGGAAAAUUGGGAGUCACGCCAUCAACACCAACUGCUCGGCCGCUCACAGCCGACAGGCCUUGUCGUGUAAGAUGGCCGUGGAAUACGACAAGUUCAUUGAGUCGGGGAAGAAGUGGUUCUGUCACGUGGACGACGACAACUACGUGAACGUUCGCGCUCUGCUCAAGCAGCUCGCUCAGUACCAGCACACACAAGACGUGUACAUUGGAAAGCCAAGCCUGGACAGGCCUAUUGAGGCCACGGAGAGACUGGGCGAUAAUAAGAUGAAACCGGUCAACUUUUGGUUCGCUACUGGGGGGGCCGGCUUCUGUGUGAGCCGCGGUCUGGCACUCAAGAUGAGCCCGUGGGCCAGCGGCGGCCAUUUUAUGAACACGGCAGAGAAGAUCCGCCUGCCCGACGACUGCACCGUGGGCUACAUCAUCGAGUCGGUGCUGGGUGUGCCCCUCAUACGCAGCAACUUGUUCCACUCUCACCUGGAGAACCUGCAACAAGUGUCCAGAUCAGAGCUCCAUAAACAGAUCACUCUCAGCUACGGGAUGUUUGAAAACAAGAGCAAUAUCAUCAAUUUGAAAGGAGCUUUCUCUGUAGAGGAGGAUCCAUCCAGGUUCAAGUCGGUGCACUGCCUGGUGUACCCGGAUACCCCGUGGUGUCCGCCCCAGGUUGCCUUCUAGGACGACCGCUCCUCCCUCAUCCUCGUCCUGCGCCCCGCCUCGGUAUCUGAAAGGCGGGCGAGGACCAGCGUUCUUUUGUCAGUGUCAAGACCGCGUCGCCGCUGGGUUCUUCCAGCGAGCGCUACGGCGGGUUUUGGCGUGUAAGUGGGCUGCUGUGCGGCCCGCCGCUUACGGGACUACCGCCAUUUGGAGCGGGUUUCGAUUUUUUUUUUUUUUAAAGGUUUGCAGGCAAUCAGUUGCGCUUUUUGUGUGUUGCUUGUAAAUGUAUCUUGCAAUUCUCAUAGAAUGUAUUUCAUAUUGCCACGCCCCUUUUUUUCCAAGCUUUACGCCAUAUUUGAUUACUUUUCUAUUUUAAUGUGCGCUUUUAAAAGCAUUUUGACUCCGGACAAACGCUCUCAUGUGAAGAUUUUGUUGUACUUUUACGUGAACAGUGUUGACUGGCCUUAUCUGGACCUCACCAGGAUGAAGCACUUUGACCUUUAAAAAAAAAAAGAAGAAAAAAAAAAGACAUCCUGGAAUGAGUUCAGAUUUGUGUCCAAACUAACAAAAUGCCUGCAAAAUCUCUUCUCUUCAUUUGUACGUAAUUUAUAAAUACACUCCUUGCAUGCGUUACAGUCGGGAGGGGAAAUAAUGAACGGGAGAGUUUUUGUUCUGGCUUUUUCUUUUCUUUAAAUAAUUUAGAAUUGUUUAAAAAUUGCACAGCUGAAUUUCAAAUGAGCUGAUGUUCGCUCUCGGAAAGACGCUCGCCUCAUAAGACUCGAAGCAAAAAAAAUCAUGUGUACUCUUGCACAAAAAAACAUGAUUGUUGGUCACAUCGGAUUGCUUGCCGAGUUUUGCGAGGCAACGACCUAACCUGAGCGACGUCAGCAUCUCUGCAUGGAGUCGACCCAUAUUGGGUUACGCUGUACAUGACGACCGCAGUAUUGUAUACUGCGCCUUUGUUGGCGGCCAUUUUGUACAGCAAUGUUUUCGAAUGUAACGCGGUUGUUUACGUCUGCUUUUUUUUUUUUUUGUCCUUCUACAUUUUAUUCUCCAGCAUCUGGAGCGGUCGGAACAGUUCAUUCCCAAUAAUGACGUCUCAGGGAUUAUGAUCUGAUCCUGAUAUUUAACUAACCCAGUAUUGGGGGUCCGAAAUGUCAAAAAAGAAAUAAAAGUGCAUAACCACUGAGAAA